AUGAGACUUUUAGCUCCGAGUCUUUCACAAUAUCGUCUGCUGGCAUGCUUGCUGCUGGUGACUGUCAAAAUAGUAUCAUCAGAUGUGGAUUCAUAUCAAGAGCAUCCUGGCAGACACCAAAAUACUGGCAAUCACCUAGCAACAACCAUCGAAUGUGCUGCUGGCUGCCGAUGCACCGGAAAUUGGAAUUUACAAUGUAAGGCUCGCCGUUUUCAGGAUCUGAGAUUACCCGCGGGUGUCAUAGAAAUCGAGUUUGAGGAUGUAAGUACAGAGGCUGGGAUAGUGAGUAUCACCGCGCUGGAAUCCUCGACCCAGCUUCAAAAACUCACGUGGUCUUCAAGCGGAAUAGAGCAACUGGAGCGCGGGAUAUUUUCCACAACAAAACGGCUGCACUAUCUCGAUUUAGGUGACAACCGUCUCACUUCAUUGGACCCCGAUAUUUUUAGUCCACUCGAAGAGCUGAGGUACCUCAAUAUAUCGGGUAAUUUAUUAAAAAAUUUACCUGCCUUCAAAAAUCUUUACUCACUAGAAACUCUAUUAGUAUCACGUAAUCGUCUUGAAGUUCCACCAUUCAAGGCAUUUGCUUCCUCACAGUAUCUACGUCAUCUUGAUCUCUCUGGGAAUUACCUUGUUUUACUGCAAGAAUUUACAUUUCAGCCAAACCGUGAAUUGGUUUAUCUAAAAGUAUCAAACAAUCAUCUCCUAAAUUUACCUAGCCGAGUAUUUUCAGGUCUUGCUAAAUUACGAUACCUUGAAAUAUCAAACAUCAGCAUCAGCCAUCUACCACGUGGGUUAUUUACUGAAUUAAAUGCUCUUGAGUAUUUAAACAUCUCCAAAAAUCCAAUAACUAAUUUAACUGAUUACACAUUUCAAGGACUGAUCAGAUUGAUCCAACUGGACAUCAGCAGUACUUUGGUCUCACAAUUACCUCUGGGUAUUUGGCAGCGUUUGCCAAGCUUGAAAUCCCUAAUAAUGGACAACACAAGAUUAAAAGUGUUAAAAGCCGAGGAUUUUUUAGACUUAAACAGUAUUGUUAAUUUGACAAUCACCAACAGCCCGCUACGUGAUAUCCAUUCAAAGGCAUUUGAUCAAUUGUCACAUCUUCGGAACCUUGACCUGCGUAAUAACAAUUUAUUCUUCUUGCCAGCUAGUCUGGCACACCUGACACAUCUAUCAAGUUUGAAUUUACAAGGUAAUCCCUGGGCAUGUGACUGUCGUAUGUUUUGGUUUGUCGACUGGAUACACAGCAACAUUCAUCCAAAAGCAUUCGCUCAUGGACUCAGAUGCGGUGAUAACGACCAAGUGGAUAUACUGGAUGCAUUAAAGUACUUAAAUUGCACUCCACCAGUUUUAACCCACAAAAGCCAAAACGAUCAACUGCAUCUCAUUAAUAAAUCGGUAAUGCUUGAGUGUGAAUUCAAUGGGAAUCCAGCUCCAUCACUGACCUGGGUCACUCCAACACUUGAGAUCUUCCACUGGAAUCCCGAUCGUACUUUUCCCGAUACAUUUCAUAAUCAUCCAAUUGAUCACACUAGAGACAAUUUAAUAAACCUCAACAACAAUGGUAGAGUACGUUUGCUUGAAAAUGGUUCUCUGUAUAUAAAAAAUUUACUGAGACAGGAUGUCGGUCUUUACAAGUGUUUCGCAGUUAAUCCAAUAAAUAAUGCUACUACUUGGCUCCAUCUUAAGAUGGAUCCGAUUGUUUAUCAUAACAUAAAAAUGUUAAGUAUUGCUGUUGGAGCUGCUUGCGCAACGUUAUUUCUUCUGCUGACUCUUUUCAUCCAGUUUAUAAAAUAUCUUCUCUAUCGGUGUGGCUGCUGCAGAUGGUGCACUUGCUGUAGACGCGGAGUUACACCACGUGCUAAACAAAUCUAUCAAAUGCUGGAUAACAUUGAGCAAUACAAGAGCCAACAGCUUGAACGUUUGCGUGAAAAUUACACGCAGCAAGUCCAUAGAAUAAAAGACAAUUGUGCUCAGCAAGUUGAAUGGAUAAGAGACAGUUACGAGGGACAAAUGAGGCACAUAAGAGACAUCCGAGAUUAUGGAACGAACCACCUUACAACACUCCGAGAUCAAUACUAUGAACAGGUGAAACGCGUACGUGACUACUCAACAGGACAAUUAAAUUGGGUACGAGAGAACUACGUCUUCCAACGAAACAAGAUCCGUAAAUUUAGUGCUCAUCAAGUGUUACGGUUACGCGAGGGGUACAAGUAUCAACAGCAAACCCUGAAUAAAGUAUUGGAAAAUUUGCCAAAUUUGUACUUUGAUAAUUGUCGCAGUGGAUCGUGUGGAAAAAGCGACUCGGCUGGAUUCGACGCACGAGAGUUGAGUUCUUCAAUGCCGGAUGUCGAGACAUACUUCAAAAUUAAAAUAAACGAGCUGGCGAAUUACAACAGUGCUAGUAUGGAAGACAUUAACAGCGAGUACUACACGCCUACGGAAUUUUCAUCGGCGAGCCCUCAGACGCAAAAUUUUAUCGACACAAUCCAUAUUAAUUACAUUGAAGAUGGUCCACCACCGCUACCACAACUGUUACCAUGUUUCAGAGAAGAAAGUGCAAUACUCCAUCCGAUAAAGGAGCAUGACAGUAACGAGGUGGUUGUAGUUACUUCAGUUACUACCAACGACAACAAAGACAAGAAACAAACUCAAGUAAACAAGCCGAUCAAUAGGGGUACAAGUGUUGAAUUGUUGGGCCGUAAACAAAAUCCACAAGCACCAGAGAGUCUUGGUCUUCUUGUUCCCAGCACUAGUAUGCCCGAAUUACCUCACGAGACUAGGCUCUAA